AAAAGGAAAAAGAAAAAGAGAAAACAAAACUAUAUAACCCAACUCCCGCGAAUUUUCUUUGAGCUCGUGCGAAACAAAACGCAAAUCACAUACUCCCUGCUCUCCUUCUCUCUUCUCUCUCUCAUCGUGUAUAUUUCUCGUCCUCUGUGACACGCAUUCAUGGAUUCCCCUUCUCGCUCCUCCGUCAUCAUUGUUGGAGCCGGUAUCUCUGGUAUCUCCGCAUCGAAGGUUCUGGCCGAGAAAGGCGUCGACGACAUCAUCAUACUCGAGGCCUCUGACAGAAUCGGUGGUAGGAUCCGCAAAGAGCAAUUCGGCGGCGUGUCGGUGGAGCUCGGCGCAGGCUGGAUUGCCGGCGUCGGCGGCCGCGAGUCCAAUCCUGUUUGGGAACUCGCCACCGAAGCCGGUCUACGAACCUGCCUCUCCGAUUACAGCAAUGCUCGCUACAACAUCUACGAUCGCAGCGGCAAGAUCUUCCCGAGUGGAUUUCGUAACGUGUUGUGUGCUAUGACCAAAUGUUAUAAUCAGUCCUUCAGUUAUUAUUAUUAUAUUAUUUUAAUUUUAAAUUUUUUUUUCGGGUGUAUGUUUAGGACGCCGAAGACGCCAAUAGAAUUGGCUAUUGAUUUUAUCCUCCAUGAUUUUGAAAUGGCAGAAGUGGAACCAAUUUCCACCUACGUAGACUUUGGUGAAAGAGAAUUUCUAGUUGCAGAUCAAAGAGGGUACGAUUGCUUGCUCUAUAAAAUGGCUGAAAGUUUUCUCUUCACUUCUGAGGGCAGAAUCUUAGACGGUCGUCUUCAAUUAAAUAAGGUUGUCAGGGAACUGCAGCAUUCGAGAACUGGCAUUAGGGUGAUAACAGAAGAUGGUUGCGUUUACGAAGCUAAUUACGUUAUUCUGUCCGUUAGCAUUGGCGUUCUCCAAAGUGAUCUAAUUUCCUUUAAUCCACCUUUACCUAGGUGGAAAAUGGAAGCCAUAGAGAAAUGUGAUGUGAUGGUGUACACCAAAAUCUUUCUCAAGUUCCCGUAUAAGUUCUGGCCAAGUGGACCCGAAAAGGAAUUCUUCAUAUAUGCUCACGAGCGACGAGGCUACUACACAUUUUGGCAGCACAUGGAGAACGCAUAUCCCGGUUCCAACAUCUUAGUAGUGACGUUGACAAACGAGGAAUCGAAACGCGUAGAAGCUCAGUCUGAUGAAGAGACUUUGAUAGAAGCCAUGGCUGUUAUCAGGGAUAUGUUUGGUCCCAACAUACCUGAUGCCAUUGAUAUACUUGUUCCCCGCUGGUGGAAUAACAGGUUUCAGCGUGGCAGCUACAGCAACUAUCCCAUUAUCUCAAAUCUUAACGUCUUUCACAAUAUAAAGGCCCCAGUUGGUCGCGUUUUCUUCACAGGAGAGCACACAAGUGAAAGAUUUAAUGGCUACGUACAUGGUGGUUACCUUGCAGGUAUUGAUACCGGCAAAGCAUUACUUGAAGAAAUGUGGAAGGAAAAGGAAAGAAAAAAGGAGAACCAAUCCCUAUUGUUAGAGCCUUUGUUAGCAUUGACAGGGUCAUUAUCAUUGUCUCAACCAGACACAGUGUCGAAUAUCCACAAAUGCGAUAUUCCUACGCAGUUAUAUCUCAAUGGCAACCUUGGGAUCCCAGAGGCCAUAUGCAGCCCCAGAGGCCAUAUUAUGACUGCAUAGAGUUGUUGAGAAUCACAAUGUAGAAUAAGACGACGACGAAAGAAGCAUAACUAAUAAGAUUCAUCAUGGCCUGGUGGGUAUUGAUUCAAAUUCGGAGUCCCGUUCAAGCCCUUGGUGCCAUGGGGUAGUCUAGAUUAACAGAGUCUUCUAUAAGCAGAAAAAGGAGUGAAGAAAGAGGAGAAGAAGUAGCAAAAGUAAACGUAAAAUGAGAUUUAACAAAAAAAAAAAAAUAGGAACAAUGUUGGUGGGCUAAAAUUAGAUUAACAAAACAGGGUGCGCUAAUCUCUCACUAUAUAGAUUAGUUCAUAUGAUAUCACUGCUAAGGGAGCAUACUAGGGUAUAUUUUUUGAGGAAUGUUAGAGAGCCAUCAAAAUUUAUCGAUUUUGGCUAUUAAUUAACCAUCAAUGGUUAAAAGUAUGAGAUAAAGUAUGUUAGAUUGUUAGACUAAAGAAAUUAAGUUGAUGGUCAAAACAGUAAAUUCUUAUGACUCUCUAACAUUUCUCAUAUUUUUUAAGGGAAUUAAUUGGUUUAGUUAUUCUUGUGAUUAUUUUCUUCUUUUAUGGCCAGAAGUAAAAAAUAUGUUGUAAGAAUGCUGGCUUAGAUGUUGUAUCCACUUAUCGAUUUUUAGCUGAUAAUUAAUUGAUGUUAUUCAAA